AUGUACGCGGGAAUUGGUCUUCAGUCGGCGUACAAGACGAUCGACGUGCUGCAAGGAACGAAUAUUGGAACGGAAUCGUUCGGCAUAAUGGAAGCGAAGAUCAUUGCGGGGUACUGUGGCGACAGACUAAUUCGAGAUAGCCGCCUUGUUAAGGACGUGUUGAAAGGCAACACAUCGCCAAGAACCGACACGCUUUAUCUGGAGUCACCAACAUCUACCUCGUUCGAAAAAUGCUCUAAUAUCGAGAUGUUUAACUCGGACAUUUAUAACGCUACAUUCCUGUAUAGCGGCUUCUUGGGUCUUGUUGCGAGCGGUUCGUACAACCUCACCAUUCUCCAGGACAUCGAGUUUAUCAUGCCUGUGGUCGACUGCACUUCUCCACCGUUAUUGACGGGCGAUCCAAGUUUGCUUCGCAUUUACAACUUGGUACGUCGCAAGAGUGACCCGACCGAUGUCCACAUUGUAGCCAUUUCUUUUUCCACACAAGAUUACCACGUUGACGAGCAGAGUCGGCGGGGUUCUGCACUCUUGGCCUCGCUCUUCUCAGUGAGUGAUAUGCGUGCUACAAAUGUUGACAACUACUUCGUUCUUGGACUGGACUACCCGUACACAAAUGCUCCAACUUUCAGUGUGUUCACGCUGGAUCGAGUGUCACCCGACGGAUACUGGGAGAUGUCUAGUGUUCCUCGUAAUAUCUCAGUGGAUCCUAUCAUUCAUGUACGUACAGCUCGUCGUCGCGGGUUCUAUCUGCAUGCUGAGUCGGAACAGGCAAAUAUGCGUAAUCUGUUCUGGAAAGUUGAGGAUCAGAACCCGGCAGUCGCUUUAUCAGUAUGGGAAUGGUAUGGUGAACCGACGCUAUUCUCACUAGCGGUGCUGUCGAUCGUGGUAUUCCGUAAUCUGCGCAUUGGUAAAAUCUGGAUCGGCGAUGCUUUCGCUUCGGUAUCGAAUGGCACACUUAUGAUGCGAGGGUUGCUUGUCAUGGCGUCUUGGUAUGUGAAUGAAUUUUGGACACUCGUCGAGUUUUGCCUCCCCGGUGCCAAUGCCAUAUCUGGCUCACAGACGAUUCCCGUUCACUCUGAACUUUCGCAUGCCGAUUUAUUGGUGAUGUUUCUUAGUAUUAUAGGACUUAUUGGACGGUUCACUAGAGAACGUAUUGACCCAGCGUUCGCGCUCUUCCUGUUCGAGAUUAUCCACAGCAACCGACUGGAUAUUAUUCGUGACACUUCCUUUGUGAUGAAAACAGUCGUCGACUACGCCAAUACUGAAUACCGAGCGGGUAUUGCGACAGUGACGGAUGCGCAGAAAGUGUUGUCUCCGAUGCGUCUGUGGACGACACACAUGCUCAACGGAAUCGAUUUCGGGUUUUUGGCUGCUGCCUUGUUCCCCAAGGCACUGCUGGUAGCUCUAAUACUAGUGUACGUUGGGCUGCGGAAGGUGUAUCACCACUUCUAUCCAGACCAGAAACCUACAGGGAUAACAGGACGAAGCACCGGUGACCAAUCAUCCAAUGAGAAGGCUGCCACGGCGCAGAAGGGAAACCUUACCAACUUUGAGCUUUCCACCGGAGCUGAGCUUGAAGCACGCUAUGGACUCAUCUCGGACUACAAAAACUACGUCUUUUUCAAGGGGCUCAAGUUCGCUUCGGCUGACGGCGUAUAUUGCUCAGGAUACGUCGUGGCGAAUGGCAGAUUCCUUGUUGGCUCGAAGGAUCUGCUGUCGAUUAUUAUGAUCAAAGCGUUCCGGUCUCGGUUCACAAACGUGUACGUGUAUGCUGUGGAUGGUAACACGGUUCAGCGUACAGCUCAGCUGGUUUAUCCCGAGACUUUGAGUUGGCAGGACCUGAUCUUCUUGAACAUUAACAUUCUCGCUUAG